AUUUCUACUUUUCUUUUCUUUUUGUUUUUCAUAUACUUGGUUCCAAAAUCUAUUUCUUUGAAGAUAUUAAAAGAUAUUUUUAAAGAAAAACAACAACCAUCCCAUGUUUCGGAAAAUGAUGAUUCAAUCGUUAAGAAGAAGCAAUACUCUUUCAUCAUCAGUUAAUAAGUUGGGUCGAUUUGGGUUUGCCUCUCGAGCUGCAUCUUUGCCUCAACAAACAUAUGGAAAUGUAGGGGUUGGUGUGGAUGAGUACGCUGACGUGGAUUGGGAUAGUAUCGGAUUUGGUGUUGUCCCAACCGACUACAUGUACGUUAUGAAGUGUUCUAAAGACCAGAAUUUUGAACGUGGAAAACUUAAUCCAUACGGAAAUAUCGAGCUUAGCCCUGCUGCUGGUGUUUUAAACUACGGUCAGGGAUUGUAUGAAGGAACAAAAGCUCAAAGAACGAAAGAUGGGAGAGUACUUCUAUUCCGUCCAGACCAGAAUGGCAUUCGCAUGAGGGAAGGUGCUCAGAGAUUCUGUAUGCCCGCACCUUCCAUCACUCAAUUCCUUGACUCAGUCAAAGAAACUGCUCUUGCUAACAAACGUUGGAUUCCUCCUCCUGGAAAAGGGUCUUUGUAUAUUAGGCCUAUGCUCAUGGGAAGUGGCCCUAUAUUGGGUUUGGCACCAGCACCUGAGUACACAUUCCUCGUUUAUGCUUCCCCUGUUCGCAAUUAUUUCAAGGAGGGAAUUGCAGCCUUGAACUUGUAUGUUGAGGAAGAGUAUGAUCGAGCCUCCCCUGGUGGAGCUGGAGGUAUCAAAAGCAUUACCAAUUAUGCCCCAGUUUUAAAAGCAAUAACAAGAGCCAAAAACAGAGGAUUUUCUGAUGUACUAUACCUCGACUCGGUGAACAAGAAGUAUUUGGAGGAGGUUUCUUCUUGCAACAUUUUUAUUGUCAAGGGUAAUGUUAUUUCAACUCCUUCAACAGCUGGGACUAUUCUUCCAGGUGUCACUCGAAAAAGUAUCAUUGAAAUUGCUCGUGACUAUGGUUACAAGGUUGAGGAGCGGGGUGUUAUGGUGGACGAGCUGAGUGAAGCUGAUGAAGUGUUCUGUACAGGGACUGCCGUUGGUGUUGUUCCUGUUGGUACCAUUACAUACAAGGGCCAAAGGAUGGAGUUUAGAGUUGGUGAUGAGUCCACAUGUUCAAGACUCUACUCCACCCUAGUGGGAAUUCAAAGUGGCAUUAUUGAAGAUAAGAAAGGGUGGACAAUGGAAGUAGUUUGAGCUGGAUUCGAGUCUUGUAGUUAUCUCAUCUAAAAUAAUAAUUUUUAUUUAUUAAUUAAUUUUCUAUAAAUUAAUUAAUUAUUAUUUUAAGUGACAUAACUAUUUUUAAAUGGGAAAACAUAGGAAGGACAAGGGAAAAUGAUACAGAAGUUUUGAAUCCCUUUGAAAUGUUCUUCAAGUUAUAUACCUAGUGAAUGUGGUUAAACAUUAUAAUACUUUUAAAUAUCUAAAUGUAAUAUUUCUCUUGUAAAUAAAUAAAAGUAUUUUUGUGGUACUUAUUGGCCUUUGUGUGUUAGGCUAUGUUAGGUAGGAAUGAUGUAAAAGAAGAGGGAUGGAUAGGUUAAGAAUAAUGGGAAGAAUAGUGGAAUGGAAAGGUGAGAUUGUAAUUUUUAAUUUUAAAAUGAUGGAGAAUAAUUUCCUUAUAAAA